GCUUUUCCGUCCCUCGAGAUAGGACGCAGGGGCUGUGCUCUGGGGCCUCUUCUCUCUUCCUACUCCACCUAGUUUGUGUUGGGCCCUAAUUUUCCAUUUCUUCUCUUGGAAAAAGGAUGGAAGGAAAGAGUGUUCAUAAACGUAUAUAUUGGGGGGCGGAAGGGAGGUUCACAAACGUUUAAAACGAUCUCAAACAGUUAAAUAGAGAUAAGAAAUCUAGAAUAUGUACAGAGAAAGCUUGUUCCUGCCCCUCCAAACUAAGUUUCUCUCUCUCUCUCCUUUCCUCCCCCUUCCGAUAGGGAGGCUCCCAUUCUUUCUGUCCCACUCCCUGCCCUGGUUCACAAAUCCUCCAGCUGCUUUUGAAACUCUUCUCUGGCCCAAGCUCCUGGACCACACCGACCACUCCGGAGUUCGCAGACAAAGCAGGUCUGGUGUGAGCACCAGCGGAGGGAGAGGAGUUCCUCCUCCCGGUCCCCACAGCCUCUUCCUUUCGUCCUCUUUCCAAGGGAAGAAGUGGAAAAUUAGGGCCCAACACAAACCAGAUGGAGUAGCAAGAGAGAAGAGGAUCCCAGAGCACAGCCCCUGGCGAAUCUCAAGGGAAAGGAAAGGCGUCGCUGAGAUUCAAGCCCUCCAGUGCGUCUAGAGGUUCGUAAACGUUAAAAAACAAAAACACGGAAACCACGCACAAAUCCACACACACACACACAAACAACUUUCAAAUAAAGACGCACACAGAACGCCCGCCCUGUGUGCAGGGAGUGCAGGCCCCGGGCUCCACAGCCGGGUUCUCCGGCCUCGCUGCGAGUUUCCGAGAGCCCAGCCCAGCCGCGGCCCGGCCCCUCCCCGGCCCCCACCGCAUCCGGAACAGCUGGAGCCGGCCCGCCGCGCGCUCCAGCCCUGGGCCCGGCGGGGCGGGGCGGGCGGCGGGGCCCCGGCCCUGGCCCGGGCAGACGGCGGCGGGGACGCCCGGGACCCGCUCGGGGAACCCGGACAGCCGGCCGACUUUCCGCCAGGCUCCCGUCAGCGGACGCGCGCGCGGUGGCCCUGGCGGGCCCCUGCGGGAGGGCAAGAGGGGGCGAGCUUGCAGAAGGAGUCCGGGCUCGGCGCCCUCGCCUCGGCUCUCCCGGCCACCGCCGCCAGGACCCCGGGCCAGGAGCCGCCGCGGCCGAGCCACCUGACACCUUUAAAUAGCACCGGGGCCGGCGAAACUGGAGCCCGGCGCGCCGCUCCCCGGCUCCGGCCCGGGCGUGCUGCAGGCGGCGGCGGCCGCAGCGCUCUCCUCCCGGGGCCCCGCGCCGCCCGCCCGGCCCGGGUCGCCGCGCUAGCCGGCCCCGCCGCCCGCCCGCACGCCGCCCGCCGCCCGCCGGCCCCCGGCAGCGCCCGGAGCCCCAGCCGCCCCGGCCGGGCCCCCGAGCGAGCGAGCGAGCCAGGCCGAGAUGACUUCCAAGGAGGACGGCAAGGCGGCGCCGGGGGAGGAGCGGCGGCGCAGCCCCCUGGACCACCUGCCGCCGCCCGCUAACUCCAACAAGCCGCUGACGCCCUUCAGCAUCGAGGACAUCCUGAGCAAGCCGUCGGUGCGGAGGGGCUACUCGCUGUGCGGGGCGGCGCAGCUGCUGGCCGCCGCCGACAAGCACGCGCCGGCCGGCCUGCCGCUGGCGGGCCGCGCGCUGCUCUCGCAGACGUCGCCGCUCUGCGCGCUGGAGGAGCUGGCCAGCAAGACCUUCAAGGGGCUGGAGGUCAGCGUCCUGCAGGCCGCCGAAGGCCGCGAUGGGAUGACCAUCUUUGGGCAGCGGCAGACGCCGAAGAAGCGGCGAAAAUCACGCACGGCCUUCACCAACCACCAGAUCUACGAGCUGGAGAAGCGCUUCCUGUACCAGAAGUACCUGUCGCCGGCGGACCGCGACCAGAUCGCGCAGCAGCUGGGCCUCACCAACGCGCAGGUCAUCACCUGGUUCCAGAACCGGCGCGCCAAGCUCAAGCGGGACCUGGAGGAGAUGAAGGCCGACGUGGAGUCCGCCAAGAAACUGGGCCCCAGCGGCCAGAUGGACAUCGUGGCCCUGGCCGAACUGGAGCAGAACUCGGAGGCCGCGGGCGGCGGCGGCUGCGGCAGGGCCAAGUCUAGGCCGGGCUCCCCCGCGCUCCCGCCGGGCGCCCCGCAGGCCCCGGGCGGCGGGCCCUUGCAGCUCUCGCCGGCCUCCCCGCUCACGGACCAGCGGGCCAGCAGCCAGGACUGCUCGGAGGACGAGGAAGACGAGGAGAUCGACGUGGCCGACUGAGCCGCCGCCCGGCCCCGAGCCCGCGCGCCCGCCCGCCGCCUCCCGGACCGGACCGUGCGGGGAGCUGGGACCUCCCCCGCACCUCCCGCCUCCACCCUCGUCCCGGGGCCGGACCCGGCCCCCGACAGCCGCCUCCUCCCUCUCGAAGCAAUAAAUCCGGGCCGGCCGGCGGGGCCGGCCGCCAGCCGCGGCCUCCGCCGCCCCGGAAGCCCUCGCCGUGCAAUUCUGUAUGGCUUCUGUAUAAAUAUUUAAGCCUAUAUCGUGGGUCCCUCCCACCGCAGCCUGAUCUUUUUUUCUUUCUUUUGUUAUUACUAUUAUUGUUAUUAUUAUUUUCGAAUCUCAGAGAUUUCCAUGUUUCAAAGCCCCGGUGCUGCCGGGUCGGCUGACGGUGAGGCGGACUCAUGAACGGCGAUCACUAACUCCUGGGGUCUAGAAGCUGUUUUAAUUUUUCUCUGCAUGUGGCGAAUGCACUGGUCCGCUCACCUCCCUCGGCCUGUUACGGUUGACUUUUAAUUUUCUUCUGCCUUUUAUUCCCCCCUGCGUGAGAAGGUGUGGGGGGGGAGGUAGCCCGGCCUUGACUUGCAAGUUUCAAAAUCGAUCUUUUCUUUCCCCAGCGAGAGAAGUCUGUUUUCGAUGGCGUGUCUGUCUCCCGAUAUCCACUAUUUUUAAAAUUUCUCCAAACCUCCCUGCAUUUUCUCGGACUGAAUGCUGGAGUCUGGCUCUUAGGGAAUAAACGAGGGGAUAUCCAACCAACCCUGGAAAACAGAACCCAAAGCCCUAGAAUUAUUUUUUACUCUUUUUAGAUGAUGAUGAUUAUUAUUUUAUUUUUGCAUGUGACAGAGACCUAAAGAAGGGCGACCCGAACGCUCACCCUCCCCUCCUCUGCAGCUCUGGGUCUAUCAAGGACACCUCUCCGGUCCCAACUCGGCCCUACGAGGGCGGCCCUGUGGGGAGGGUGGGUUCCGGGUGCCCCUUUCCAGUCCCUGUCCUGCCCCCUCUUUCUCCGACUGUACCCAAGGCCUCUUUCUCCGAUAAAUAAAGUCUUUGCCAUUUUACUAGAACGGGCCGCGACCGCAUCCGCGAGAAGGGGCCA